CCUUGCCGAGCACAUUAUACUGCGACUCAAGGAAGGGACUCCAUUCGAGACCAGUUCGAGACUUGUUGUUAUUAUCCUGAGCUAACUGUCAACCAGAAAGCCACCUGUUUUAAACCUAAACGUCAAAAUGUCUUCAGACUUUGAAUCCUACGAGCAGGACUUUGGAACCAUUACAGCAGAAGUAACCAACAAAAUUGGCAGGAUUCCCAAACUUAGUGGAGAGGAGAAGACACAGCUGGUUCUAAAUGUCGACAAACAGCUUGAAGAAGUCAGAGAGUUGCUGGAGCAGAUGGACCUGGAGGUGCGGGAGAUCCCCAUCCAGAGCCGUGCCAUGUACAACGGCAGACUGAAGAGCUACAAGCAAGAGAUAGAGAAGCUCGAGAAAGACUUUAAAAGGUCACGUAUUGCCUACAGUGAUGAGGUGCGCAACGAGCUCCUGGGGGAUGACGCCGGCUCCUCGGAGAACCAGAGAGCGCAUCUGUUGGACAACACAGAGAAGCUGGAAAGGUCAUCACGGAGACUGGAGGCCGGCUACCAGAUAGCAGUAGAAACUGAACAAGUGGGUCAGGAGAUUCUUUCCAACCUGCACAGUGACCGUGAGAAGAUCCAAAGAGCCAGAGAAAGGCUGAGAGAAACGGACGCCAACCUGGGCAAGAGUUCUCGCAUCCUUACCGGCAUGCUGAGAAGGAUCAUCCAGAAUCGUGUCCUGGUCUUCAUCCUCGGAGCCAUCAUCCUUCUCACCAUCAUCCUGGCCAUCUAUUUCAAUGUGCGGGGCCACUGAUCUCCCCUCUACACACAUACACGCACACUCGCUCCUCCCCUGACACAAAUACAAACACACACACACGUGUGAUUAAUAGCGACAAAAGCGUUGUUCUGCUGUAAUUAGGACAAAUGGUCCCCAUGAAUCACUGUUUCCAAAGCCUGACAGCGAGCUUUUUUUUCUCCAUCUUUCUCUUUUCCUGUUUGCUGUCUCUUUCUUUUUAUCCCUCUCUACCUUUUUUUUCCCACUUUGCGCUUCCCUUUCUCUCUUUCUUCUUCUUCUUUCUUUUCUCGUCUCAGUUUAGUUCUCUCAGGCUUUGUCAGGCUCUCUCACACAUCUCCAGAGUCAAAAGUAGAAGGAAAUGUUUUUAUGAUAGUUAAUAUUUCCAUGGUGUUGUCCUCAGCAUGUUUCUGCAGCCCAUCCUGUCCCAAAGGGAACAAGGCCUGUUUUUUUUUUUUUUUUUUUUUUUUUUUGUAACUCAAAGCAGAAUUAGAUAUGUAGAUUAUUAUUUCCUUGUGAUGGAGGUGGGUCAAGUGUUAUUCAGGAUGAGUGUGUGGCAUGCAUGAGAAACCGAGACAAAGACAGGUAUAAGAGUGCACACAUGUAUGUUCGCAUGUGCAUGAGUGACAGUCAUGGAUUGGGGGCCCACACUGUGUUUGUUAUUAACACCAACAGUAGAGACACGCGCUGUAGUAUGUAUGAGUUUCUGUAACUAAAUGAUUCAGAUGGUCUUCAUGUAACCAUACGAAGCACAGAGGACAGUGCCUUCAGAUAAGAUAUGCUGUUCACACUCAUUUCUUUAAAAAGCUCAGCAGAGCCCAAAAUAGACGGAGUGGCACAGCCUGGAAAAGAGAGCAUGCACAUGAAAAGGUUGAGGUCAGUUCAACUUCAGUCUAUCAAGGUGAAAGGGAUGUUUGUUUUUUCGAUUACUGCAUUCAGGAAAGGAUAUAUGACUAUUUCAAUAAAAUUUUGAGAUUGAGAAAAUAACAUAAAAAUCUACUGUUUUUAAUGCAAAAGGGAACUGACCCCAACCUUAGCACAUACAUAAACACAAUGCAGAGAACGGUUUAUUCACACAUCAUGACUAGCUUUAAAAUCCACAUUUGGUAUAAUUCCCCUGCAGCUCCCAAACACAGAUUUUAACAACUCAUUCCUGCAGACUUUUUAAUGUAUCUAUCAUUGUGGGAAAUUAUAGGCUGUAUGUACUAACAUUUGAAAUCUACAUCAUGUAUAGUGUUUUGCUCUCAAUGCAAGUGAUUCUGUUACUAUUUAUUUAUAAAUGCAAUUAAUGUUUCUGUGUUAGAACUGUAUAUUUUAUGAACUUUAAAGGUAUUCAGAAUUAUCAUUAACCACAUGUUUUCUUUUCUUGAUUUUUGGGUGUUCAGUGAUUAGACUGUAAAAUGCAGACUGCACACAAGGACCAACUGAAAUGUGUGGAUUUCAAGUUUUGUGUCUUGAAGGUUGUUUUUUUUUCUUCUGUUCUUAUAAAUGGAUCUAACUUGUUUUAGAACUGGCACUUUUUGUUCUACAUUUUUCUUGUCAAGUUCUGAAGAUUGUGAUGCAGUCCUUGUUUCUGUGUUUAUCUGUACGCUGACUUAUGAUGUGAUACAUUGAAGAAAAAAAACAGUGUGUGUGAGUUUA